AUGAGGAGCGCAGCCAAGCCCUGGAAUCCGGUCCUCAAAGCGGGCAGCCAUGGGACAGACAGGGCGCGGCCCCUCCCGGCGGCGCCCUCUGGCAUGAAGAGUUCGAAAUCUUCUACCUCGCUGGCGUUUGAGUCCCGGCUCAGCAAGCUCAAGAGGGCCAGUAGCGAGGACAUGCUCAACAAACCGGGAAGUACCGCCGCUUCCGGGGUGGUUCGACUGAAAAAGACUUCAACAGCUGGAGCCAUCUCUGAGCUUGCAGAGAGCCGCCUGCGGAGCAACCCAGGGGCCGUGCCAACAACCAAACGGACAGGCAUUCCAGCUCCUCGAGAACUUUCAGCAACUGUCUCUAGAGAGAGAACUGUGCCAAGCGGUCCCUCCAACCCCAGGAAGCCGGUGUCCAGUCCAACUUCUUCCAGCACGCCCACCCCUACUAAGCACCUGAGGACCACUUCCACGAGACCCAAGCAAGAGCCUGAAGGCGGGGAGAAAGCUGUGCUCGAGUCCCAGGUUCGGGAACUUCUCGCUGAAGCCAAAGCGAAAGACAGUGAAAUUAACAGGCUUCGAAGCGAACUGAAGAAAUGAAAGGAAAAAAGGACUCCAGGCACCGAAGGAGCUGAGGCUUCAGAUGCCAGCCCAGACAGAACCUCCUCCUUGCUGGGUGACUCAGAACCCCUGAUAUGCACUCUAGAGGAGAAAAACAAGAGUUUCCAGAAAGAACUUGCAGAGCUCGAGGAGGAGAACCGGGCCUUGAGGGAGAAACUAACUUACCUGGAGCAUUCCCCAAAUUCAGAGGGGGGCGUGAGUCACACCGGGGACAGCAGCUGCCUGACGUCCCUAACUCAGGAGUCAAGCUUAGGCAGCCCGACGGGGCAUCAGUAGUCCAGGGACAUCGAGGAGUCCGCGAACAGCAGACAUGGAAAUGCAUUACGGACAUGGGGCUCUUUGAGCAGCGACCUUACCAAAGCUUCUCUGUCCCCCGAUGCCUCCGAUUUUGAGCACAUUGCAGCAGACACCCCUUCCCAGCCCCUGUCCUCCACCAACAACCCCUUUAAGGGCUCCAGGUGUUCGACCAGCGGCAGUUCCCCUAACAACGCGAGCGAGCUGUCCCUGGCCUCCCUCACGGAAAAGAUCCAGAAGAUUGAGGAGAAGCAUCACAGCACGGCUGAAGAGCUCCAGGCCACUUUGCAGGAACUGUCCGACCAGCAGCAGAUGGUACAGGAGCUGACCGCUGAAAACGAGAAGCUCGUGGAUGAGAAGGCGCUCUUAGAAACGUCCUUCCACCAGCACCGGGAGAGAGCUGAGCAGCUUAGUCAGGAAAACGAGAAACUCCUGAACCUCUUGCAGGAGCGGGUGAAGAACGAGGAGCCCGCGGCGCAGGAGGGAAAGAUCCUCGAGCUGGAGCAGAAGUGUGCGGAAAUCCUGGACCAGGGCCGCUUUGAAAGAGAAAAGCUGCUCAACAUCCAGCAGCAGCUGACCUGCAGCUUGCGGAAGGUCGAGGAGGAAAACCAAGGUGCUUUAGACAUGAUUAAACACCUGAAGGAAGAAAGAAAACUGAAUGGGUGUCUGGACCUGGAGCGGCGGAAUAACGGCGCAAUGGCCAGUCUGGAGGAGUGCAGAGCCACACUCGAAGGGCUGCGGAUGGAACACGGGUCGCUGAAGGCUCAUUUGGAGAACGAGAAGCAGAAGGCUACGGAGACCAGCCCUGUGGGGCACACGGCCGAGGGUCGUGAGGUUCAAGAGAUGUCGAGGGUUGCUCGCGCCGAGAAGGAGCAGCUGGAGCUGUCUUGCACCGAGCUCAAGCAAGAGUUAGUGAAGGCCUACAGUGAAGUCAAACAUGUUUCAAGCCUGCUGGCCAAGGUGGAAAAGGAUUAUUCUUACUUGAAGGAGAUAUGUGACCAUCAGGCAGAACAACUGAGCCGAACCAGCCUGAAACUGCAAGAGAAAGCAUCGGAGAGUGAUGCAGAGAUUAAAGACAUGAAGGAGACCAUAUUUGAAUUGGAAGAUCAGGUGGAACAGCAUCGGGCUGUCAAGUUACAUAACAACCAGCUCAUCAGCGAGCUGGAAAGGAACGUGAUGAAGCUGGAGGAGCAAAAGUCAGACCUGGAAAGGCAGCUCAAGACCCUAACUAAGCAGAUAAAGAUAGCCUCUGACACCGGCGUGGCUUCUGGCAUUUUCAGGAGGAGACAGGAAUGGCGGCGCUUCCAGGCAGACCUCCAGACGGCGGUGGUGGUGGCCAAUGACAUCAAGUAUGAGGCCCAGCAGGAGCUGCGCGCUGUGAAGCGGAGGCUGCUGGAGGAAGAGGAGAAGAACGCCAGGCUGCAGAAGGAGCUGGGGGACAUGCAGAACCACAGCAGGUCGGUCCCAACAGAGGCCCACGGCUGCGAGUGUGGCAGGCACCCACCCGUUAACAAAGAGUCGGAGCCACCCGGGGUUGAGGCUCCCGGCCGCUGGCAUGGCGUCUACAUGAGCAGGACGUCUCCAACGCCAUCGGAAUCUGCGACCACUGUUAAGUCCCUCAUCAAGUCGUUCGACUUGGGACGGCCAGGUGGAGUUGGACAGAAUAUUUCUGUCCAUAAAGCCCCCAGAAGUCCCCUGAGUGGGAUUCCAGUAAGGACCGCUCCCGCCGCUGCUGUCUCCCCAAUGCAGAGGCAUUCAACGUACAACAGUGUUUGGCCGGCCAGCAAAGGUGUGACUCAGCGUUUGGAUCUUCCAGACCUUCCCCUUUCAGAUCUUUUAAAGGGAAGGGGUGAGGACCUGAAACAGGACCCUUAUCUCCGGAAGAGCCCCUCGCUGGAGUCCCUGAGCAGACCCCCUUCUCUGGGCUUCGGGAACACGAGGCUGCUGAGCGCGUCCACUGGGGGCUUGAAACCGCAGAGCAAACUCAGCGUGGAAAGAAGAGACCCGCUGGCUGCCUUGGCCCGGGAAUAUGGUGGCUCCAAGCGUAACGCUCUCCUGAAAUGGUGCCAGAAGAAGACAGAAGGCUACGCGGGAAGGCCACAGUGGUGGUAGGGUUUACUCUG